UUAGCAGUUUAUGUUCACUAAAAUAAUUGCAUUUCCAUGUUGUGUGUACUGUGGGAGACCAGAUAUAGCGAAUGCGGGGUCCUGAGAGACCAGAUAUAGUGAAUGCAAGGGUCCGGGGAGACCAGAUAUAGUGAAUGCAGGGUCCGGGGAGACCAGAUAUAGUGAAUGCAGGGUCCUGGGGAGACCAGAUAUAGUGAAUGCAGGGUCCGGGGAAACCAGAUAUAGUGAAUGCAGGGUCCGGGGAGACCAGAUAUAGUGAAUGCAGGGUCCGGGGAGACCAGAUAUAGUGAAUGCAGGGUCCUGGGGAGAGCAGAUAUAGUGAAUGCAGGGUCCGGGGAGACCAGAUAUAGUGAAUGCAGGGUCCUAGGGAGACCAGAUAUAGUGAACGCAGGGUCCGGGGAGACCAGAUAUAGUGAAUGCAGGGUCCGGGGAGACCAGAUAUAGUGAAUGCAGGGUCCGGGGAGACCAGAUAUAGUGAAUGCAGGGUCCGGGGAGA